AUGUCUGAAUCCGCAGACUCUGCGCCCCAUCAGUCUCUCGAAGACGAAAUCGCCGACCUUAGAGAAGACAUUGAGCUCAACGCUGGUCUGCUGGCUAGUCUUGAGAAUGAAAGCGACACAGAGUCUGAAGAAUCCAAAGCUGUCAUCAAACGUACACUGAAGAGGUUACGAAAGCGAAUGAAGACUUUGACUCAGCCACCUGCAGACAUCGACCAAGUUGACGGUUCCGCUGACGGCCACAUGCAGCACCAGAUUCCGUCAGGUAUGUCUCGAGACGAUCGCAACAGCCACCUUAUGCCUCCUCCCACCUCCGAUCUUGUCAGCCGUAAGCGCCAGCGUGGUGGUUUUGAUGAGGACACCGAGAGUCGCGACUCGAAAUCUAGAAAGCAGACCCCAAGCCAGUCUGGCGAUGCAUCGCCCGCCCUAAGUGCCGACAGUCUUGAAGGCUCUGACCUCGCCGAUAAUCCCAUCUUUGCGCUAUUGGGUCACUCGCGAGAAGAGGAGCGAGAGCAUAAGCAAUACUUGCAGGAGCUUGCUGCUCGGAAAAAGCAGGAGGAAGAAGACGCUGCCUAUGCACUGCGCCUACAGGAGGAGAUGGAGGCUGAGAUUGCAUCGGCUGUCCCUCCGUCAUCUUCGCAGAAAACACGCCCCGCUUCCACGUCGCAGUCGUUCUUCAAAGCCGACGGUUCGUUCAAUCCAACCAAGCCGGAACCACCUUGGCCGACUAGUCGUAUCGGAGCCGAGAGUGUGCCUGGUCCCAGCUACUCAAGACCAGAGCCACGCAUUAAAGUUGACUCCUCGGGAUGGGACUCGCCCAAUUUUGAGACCGGAUCUGGUGCAGCAACUCCCACCAGCAGCCAAGAUAGCCUCAUGGAGAUCCCGCCCGACCAGUUCAUACCUCGGGAACCUCGCAUAUCUGUGACUGGCUGGGGCCCCAUGCACAAUUCGCAGCACAAUCGCUCCAUGCCAGGCGCUUUCCCUGGUCAGCCCGAGUUCCUUAGCUCGGCUGGCUCUUCAGUGUACAACAACGUUCCAUACAACAGCAGUACCUCCGCCCUGGGCAAUCCCGCCCUGGCUUAUGGAGCUGGAGGCUACGCAUUGCCAGGCUCCGGCUUAGUCAAUCCAGCUAUGGAUCCCUACGCUGGUCUUCGACAAAAUAACGCUGAAUUGAUGCGUCGACUGAAUCCAUAUCUCGAUCAAGACGCUGACCCUGCCAAAACCCAGGAAGAAAUCAAGGAUCUCUUGAAACACAUACGACCUGACGAGGAGCUGAGUGAUGAGCAGUUGGCUCAAGUUCCACAGGGGCUCACUAUGCCCCUGAUGCCCCAUCAGAUCUCUGGUCUAGCUUGGAUGAAGACCAUGGAGGAAGGCACUAACAAAGGUGGCAUCCUUGCUGACGACAUGGGUUUGGGCAAGACAUUACAGGCUAUCUCGUUGAUGCUGGCACGACCGGCGCCUGAUAAUGAGCGCCGCCCCAACCUCAUCGUUGCUCCUGUCGCUCUUAUGCAUCAGUGGAAGCGUGAGCUUGAGAAGUUCGUCCGAGGUCGUCAUCGCUUCAACGUUACCAUCCUGCAUGGGCCCAGUCGCGCGGAGAACUACAAUGCUAUCAGAGGAUAUGACGUUGUUCUCACUACUUACGGCACCCUUGCAUCAGAGCUGAAGCGCCGUCUUGUAUAUGAGGAGAAGGUCAAGAAUGCCGCCGACCCUGCUGCGGUCAGAGACAACUGCGCAAUUCUCAGCACUCGGUCCAAGUUUCACCGCGUGAUCCUUGACGAGGCUCAGAACAUAAAAAACCGCAAUACCAAGACCGCGAUUGCAGCCUGCCGUGUCACUGCUACGCAUCGCUGGUGUCUUACUGGUACUCCGAUGCAGAACAGCGUCGAGGAAAUGUACAGUCUCAUCAAGUUCUGCCGAAUCAGACCCUAUAGCGAAUGGGACAAGUUUUCCAGGGAUUUCGCUAGGCCCCUCAAGGGUAAGUCGGAGAACCUCAAGGAUCGAGCCAUGCGGCAGUUGCAAGUGUUGCUCAAGGCGGUUUUGUUGCGGCGUACCAAGCAAUCGAAACUCAACGGACAACCCAUCAUUCAGCUACCAGAGAGGUACACCGUUGAGGAUCGUGCUGUGUUUGACGACGAUCAAUUGAGAUUCUACAAAGGUGUCGAGGAGAGUGCUAAGAUUCAGUUCAAUAAAUACCUGCGCAACGGAUCUAUUGGUAGCAACUACAGCCAUGCCUUGGUGCUUCUGCUCCGACUUCGUCAAGCAUGUUGCCACCCAGCCCUGGUUACCAACAGCAAAGACUUCCAGCAACUCGCUGGCGAGCUGGGCGUCACCGAUAUGUUGGAGAAUGCCAAGCUGCUGACCGACAAAGUUGUCGAUCGCCUGAAGAGCGAGGAGCAGGAUGCGGGUCUUGAAUGCCCAGUCUGUAUGGACGCCAGCGAGAACCCUACAAUCUUCCCUUGCGGGCACAACGUCUGCACCGAGUGCUUUGCCAAACUUUGCGACAACGCCCUCAAUAGUGAGGAGAGCGCUCAGGCUACUUGCCCACACUGUCGAGCGAAGAUCGAUGCGAACAAGAUUACCAAUUGGGAGAGCUUUCUUCGGGUGUACUGCCCAGAUCGCGAAGGUGUACAGCCUGUUGAUGACAUCAGAGGCGACGCGUCGGACUCAGACUCAGAUUCAGACAGUUUCGACGAGGGCGAUGGUGAUGACGAUGGCAAAGACCUUGACGACUUCAUCGUUCCGGAUGACGGAGAAAUUGCGUAUGAUAGCGCGGCUAGUGAUGGCAAGGUGAAGAAAGACAAGUCGAUUGCCAAGCGCAAGCCCAAGUCGAAGCGCAAGGGCAAGCGCAAGGACAAAAAGAAAGACGCAACCAUCUCCCUUGCAGAGCUGCGCAAACAGGGUCUGCGGUCCAAGGCUGCGCAUCGAAAAUAUCUAAAGAAGCUGGCCAAGGAUUUCGUCACUAGCACGAAGAUCGAGAAGACCAUCAAGCUGCUGGAGGACAUACACAAUCGCGGCGAGAAUGAGAAGACGAUCAUCUUCAGCAGCUUUACGUCAUUCCUUGACCUGCUUGAGGUACCACUCUCUCGUCACCCGGACUUCCAGGUCUACUCUCGCUACGACGGUUCCAUGACUGCGGCAGCGCGCAACGAUGCGGUUCUCGACUUCACCGAUAAGCCAAACAACAAGAUCAUCCUUGUGAGCUUGAAGGCUGGCAAUGCGGGCCUGAAUUUGACGGCUGCCAACCACUGUAUCAUCCUGGACCCGUUCUGGAAUCCCUUUGUUGAGUACCAGGCUGCUGAUCGCUGCUACCGUAUUGGGCAGACGAAGGAGGUCACCGUUCACCGCGUCCUGAUCGGUGAGAAUGACGAGGAAAGAAGUGGUGAGGAGGACUUUACAGUCGAAGAUCGUAUUCUCAAGCUGCAAGAGAAGAAGAAGGCGUUAGUUGAGCAGGCUCUGGAUGAACGUGCUGGCCAACAGGUGGGACGGUUGGGUGUAAUGGAGCUGGGCUAUCUGUUUGGCGUUAACAAUCUCCAAUAA